AUGGCCCCUUCCUUCUUGAAGGACUUUAAAAGGCGCUCCAAGUCCGGCGCCAAAGCGACAGACUCGAGCACUGGUGAAUCAAAUGUCAGUAAUGGAGGCAGCAAUGGAAGCAAUGGGAGUGGUGUUCGAAGCAACACAUUCACUUCAAGCAAAUCGCAAAUCUCCUUGAAUUCUUCUUAUGGCACCACAACACCUCCAGCGAUGCCAAAUUCCCAAUCAUCAUCCAACCUCAACGGCACGGCAGUAACUCGUCCAACAGUUUCGACAACUGGAUCAAAUAGACAUAGUGUUUCUGGAAUGUCAGGCAUAGGAUCUCCUUCUUCAAAAUCGGCUUUGCCUGUCUCGCCAUAUUCGCCUCGAAUUCUGUCCAUUUCUGAUAACACAUGGGUAUAUCAAAAGGUCCUAUCGAUAUAUGGCACGAUAUCAGAUCCCUCAGAAGUACAGAUAGAUGGAACACUCGCAGCCACUCGUUUAGAUGAUGGCUUUCCCCCGACCUACUGGCCGGUCUCGGAGUCCCAUUUCAAGGCAUUGGUUUACCUUACCCCAGGACCUAAUCGAUUGAGAUUCGAUUUCACAUCUCCCAAACUUGCGAACAGCAAUUCUCCAAAUCCCAUACACUCCUCUUUCCUCACUCUUCACAUGUUGCCAACUCUUACAAAUCCCCCACUUCAAUUGGUUAUAUUGAUCGGGAAGGAUUCGCCUGGGACAUUCGAUGCCGUGCCCUCGCGCAUUGAAAGAGAGGGCAAUGGUUUGGAUACUGCCAUACGAAAAUUCAGAAUGGCAGCUUAUCUUUGGCAGGCAUUUACCGCCGAGCAGAUGUUUCGAAAUAAGCUUGGCCGAAGGACAUUCAGAUUCGAAGAAGAGUGGAUUACAGGCACUUCGAACUAUAGAGACCGUGAACUCGGAACAAUGAGAAGUGAAGCGAAGGUUCAUGUUAUUCGAAGCUCGAAGACAGUUGCCGAGCUUCGAGAUUUCGAUGUUGCCCAGCAGAAUGAAAAUGGUGCUCGCCGAGGGGAUCUGUUUGCAUUCGCCACUGAAGAUGUCAAAAAUCAUUUUCAACCUCAGCCAGGUCAGAAACAGUACGUGACGGUUCUCCUCCUGGACGCUCAUUGGGAGAAACAGCACAAUAUGAUAAGUGGCCACGCCGCCCUUGGAGGUGGAGGCGGCGAGCUUCAACUAGCUAUCUUCGGUAGCCAGGCAUUACAAAGUUAUCCAUCUACGAUCGAAGAAGUUGUUCCGGCAUUUUCUGAUUGUACGAUCACGGACACUAAUUAUGUAGCCAAUGACUGUAACGAAUCUGGCAGCAAUUGGGAGGCUGCCAACAUUGGAAUAGGUGCCCACCUACAUGAAGUGGGCCAUUUGUUUGGAUGCCCUCAUCAAGAGAAUGGGGUAAUGCUUCGCGAUUACGUCAAGUUGAAUCGAUCGUUUACCACCAGAGAACCUUAUUCAACGCGCACAAAAUCGAAGGGAGGCUUGGUUUUACCAAGGGAUGAAUGCACAUGGCAUAGAUUGGAUAUUCUGCGUUUCAGAAGCCACCCAUCGUUCGCACUUCCCACAGACCCUCCACGAGUUAGUGAUGAAUCAAUUCAAGUAUGGCCUGUGGAUAAUGCUAGCGUAAUCAUUACGGCGGCAUCGGGAGUGGGUUGGCUCGAAAUAUUUACGGAGGGCGACGAUCUUUGUCGUAACUGGCAAGAGUUCGGAGACGGGAAUGGCAAUGGGCCCAUUCAACGACAGAUUACUCUAACAGAGCAAGAUCUAAGAAGUCAACUACCUGAGGAUCGCCGAAAGUCGAGACUAAAGCUAUCUGUGAAGUCAUUCGGUGGUGGCAGCCACGAGGUGGAAGAUUUUGCCCAGCUAAUCUCCAAAGCGAGCAAGCUGAAAUUAAAGAAUGGACAUAUGGGCUUCAGAAGUAGCAAGCUGGGCGCAUCACAGAUGGAUGGCACCCAACCGCAGGAGGUCAUAUUUGAUAGCACGAUCCAUCAAACAAAACUAAUGACCCAAGUGAAGGUUUGGGCGGGUUUCGCGCUUGAUGGUAUAGAGUUUCUUUACGAGGAUGCGACCUCGCAACUUUUUGGCAAAAGGGGUGGAUCGUCUGCGGAUUUUAGCCUCGAUACACGUCGAGGAGAGUAUAUUACUGGAUUCUACGUCAGAAGUGGGUUGUGGCUGGAUGGAAUUGCAAUCAUGACUAGUCUAGGGAGGAAGUCCCAAGUUUUUGGAAACCCUGUUGGCGGUUCUGGGCAUACUUUGAUACCCCCAAGAGGAUAUACCAUUGCCGGCGUUUAUGGAUCAUGUGCAUCAUGGAUUGAUGGUUUUGGUAUUAUUCUUACCCGUGCCAAUGCCGAAAAUGGUGCAACGAAGGAAUUAAAUGUUGGUGAGCCUGCCGAGGACAAGCAGAAGAGAUUACUGGAGAAGGAUACUGGUCAUUUCUCUAUGAUUAAGAUGCUGCAUCUUGCAGAUCUGAUCACCGAACUUAAUGGAUUUUGUGGUGUCAUGUCUAUAUUUUCCUCGAUGCGGUAUUGUCUAGGCCCAAACGAUGCGCAUGGAAAUCUCUGGGCAGCUUUGGCUUUUAUGCCUUUCGGGCUGUUCUUCGAUUUCAUGGAUGGGAAGGUUGCGAGGUGGAGAAAGAAGAGUAGCUUGAUGGGGCAGGAAUUGGAUUCUUUGGCUGAUUUGGUUUCUUUUGGCGUCUCUCCUGCCGCCGCAGCUUUUGCCAUCGGUAUCCGCACUCCUGUCGACCAUCUUUUCCUCACCUUCUUUGUCCUUUGUGGUCUUACCCGUCUCGCUCGUUUCAAUAUUACAGUAGCCAAUGUCCCUAAGGAUGCAACGGGAAAGAGUAAAUACUUUGAAGGCACACCCAUUCCAACUUCCCUCUCCAUUGCCGCUCUAAUGGCAUACUGGGUAUCCAAGGGAUGGAUUUUGGACAACAUACCAUUGGGAACAGUGGGUACUGGUACAGUUUUUGAAUUCCAUCCUGUGGUGGGGCUUUUUGUCAUCUGGGGUUGCAUGAUGACUAGUAAGACUAUUCAUAUUCCUAAGCCAUGA